AUGACUUCUCUUGCCGCUUCUACCAUUGCUCUGAUGUCGUUCAUUUUGCCCUUGAUACGAAAGAAACCCAAGGCACCAGCUGACGAGGCAGUGGAGGAAACGACGCCUCCACCCAUUGAUAAGCUGUUACGGCGAAAAGAGAUUUGGGUGGAUGAGAUCUUUCCCUUCUUGGGAAUAGGGCACUAUGGAUAUGUGGCUCCUGUCAACAAGAAAAUGAAAGAAUAUUAUUUGGAGUAUUGCGAUUCUGUGAAGAAUCCUCCACUGGCAAGCUAUGAGUUCCGUAGCGGUGAGGACGGACACUUGUAUGGGUGGGAAAUCAGGAGGCCAGCAACCAGCACCUCUACAUUUUCCAGUGCUGUAUUCUACAAUGUGUCAUGUGCUGAAUACUGGUACCAAGACAAGGAUGGCCACAAUACCAUGGGUGAUGAACUGGCCAAAUUAAUUGCCUCAGCUGGGAAUGUUCAAGUUCUGAAAUGGGCCGAUACUAAAAAGGGCCUCGUCAAAUGGGACGAAUUUGACUUCGACAAAGCUGCCAAAAAUGGUCACUUUAAAGUUCUGAAAUGGGCAAAUGAAAACAGAAUCCUGAUCGAUUCUUCAUUUGUAUAUUAUGGCAUUGUUGAUGGUGCAGCUGCAGGUGGACAUUGGGAGCUUCUCAAAUGGUGCAGGGAGAUUGGAUAUCCUUGGAGUGAAUCCACUUGUGCUUCUGCAGCAGGAGGAGGGCAGAUGAAGAUUCUAAUGUGGUUGCGCGUGAAUGGAUGCCCUUGGGAUUCAAAGACGUGUGCUCAAGCUGCUCGAAAUGGCCAUUUUGAAAUUUUGAAAUGGUCCCGUGAAAAUGGCUGUCCCUGGGAUUCAUCGACAUGCCGUGAGGCUGCUAGAGGUGGACACUUUGAAAUUCUGAAAUGGGCCCGUGAAAAUGGCUGUUCCUGGGAUUCACAGAUGUGCCGCUCGGCUGCGGAAGGUGGACACUUGGAAAUUCUGAAAUGGAUUCGUGAAAAUGACUGUCCUUGGAAUAAAGGGACAUGCCAAGGGGCUGCGGAUGGUGGACACUUGGAAACUAUCAAAUGGGCUCGUGAAAAUGGUUGUCCAUGGGAUGACAAAACAUUGUGGAAUGUCUUUCAUGGAGCAGCCGAAUAUGGUCAUAUUGAAACUCUGAAAUGGGCUUUUGAGAAUGGAUGUUACUUGGAUAAUUGUGCACUGGAAGCAGCAUUCAUCACAGCUAUACAUCUUGGUCAACUGGAAUGCGUCAAAUGGUUGCGCGAGAAUGGUUGUCCAUGGUAUGAGGACUCUUGCUGGACUGCUGCUAACUGGGGUCACUUGGAUAUUCUGCGAUGGGCUCGGGCAAAUGGAUGCGCAGAGUCUGAUGAGGACAAGAAAGAGAAUGAUGCGUAUGUGCUCAUUUCGAGACGAAGUAAAACAGGAGGCUGCCAGAAUGCUGCCAGAAAGCUAGCUACGGCAGCUGCUAGGGCCAGACAGCUGCUACGUUCCUAG